GCCGAUCCGUGUGCUAAACAGCCCCGUCCUCUGAACAUCUACUACGCCCUCUGCGAUAACAUGGCGUGGGAAUAUAAAUCGACAAAGCACAUACGUGACAGGGAAACAGACAUCAACGGUUAUCUCCGGCAAAGGCAUAAGGAACUGACGGAGCCAUUGCUUUACGUUGCUCUUUUCGAUACAGAGAGGAACGAGGCUGCUAAGAAAGGAUGGAGAGAGCAGGAGCUACAAAAAGCUGAAGUGACAGAGCGCGAGAAAGAAGCAGAGAUAGACCCUCUCGCUCCGUACUUGGCCCGAAUGUUUGGUUCGGGCCGAGGUACAGGCGCCCCCCUCACUGUGAAGGAAGCUACGCUUGUCCGUGAACAAUGUAUCAACGACUUUAAAGCUAAACAACUAGCCAGGCAGAACUUGGUGCAAGAGCGAUUUGAUAAGUUGAAUUCAGAGUACAAAGCGAAACGGCUAUGGUACCUGGCCAACCAGUUCAUUUUAACUCCAGAAAAAGAGAGCGCUUAUUUUGCAGCUAGCGCCGAAUUGUCCUUCAAAGUGCAUACUUUGGAAGUGAGACUUACGCGUCACAGAGAUCUCUCAGGUCCAAGGUUUAAGAUCCUAGAGGAUUACUUGGACAAACAUCCACUCCUGAGAGAGUACAAUCGAGUGAAAAACUACUACAGCAAGUAUAAAUAGAGCUGGUUGAUUUGUAUUUUGUCAAGUUGU